AUGUUUGUGCCUCGAGCGAUAAAAAGACCUUCCUCAACUCCUGUCAAAACAAGUAAGAAAGUUAAAAAUAACAGCGAAGAGGUUGAAGAACCUAUUAAGGAAUACUCUUGUCAACAACGAGAAGCAUCGACUGGGGAACCAGCUUGUGUCGUUUGCGGAAAAUAUGGCGAAUAUAUUUGCGACGAAACAGAACAUGAUGUCUGCAGCAUAGAGUGUAAGAAAAUAGAUAUAGAACGAACAAAGAAGAUAACAAAUAAUACUCCUGAGCCUUUACCAAAUGUUAUUCAGCCGGUUCUCAAAUAUUCACAUAAUAUCGCAGAUACCACAUUUGUUUCGGGGGAUUUAUCACAAAUGCUCUUACAAGUUCCCUCAGAUCUUUUUCAUGCACAAUUAACGGCUUAUUUACCACAUCCAGAAAUUAAAGUUUUAUCAAGUUUUCAAGUGCAAUCAAUUUUAUUGAAAAAUCAAAUUAUUGUACAGGGAAAAAAUAUUCCACGUCCUAUUACUAAAUUUGAACAUUGUAAACUACCUCCAAAGAUGGCCGAUAACUUGCAACAAGUCGGAUACCUACAACCAACAGAAAUUCAAAUGCAAGUAAUUCCAACAGGUUUGGUUGGACGUGAUAUAUUGGCAAGUGCUCAAACUGGAUCUGGAAAGACCGCAGCCUUCUUAAUACCAAUAAUCAUACAUACUUGGACAAUAUCACAAUUUGUACACCUUUUUUCAAUCG